AUAGUAAUUACAGUCAAGGUAGCCGUUGUUGUGGCUCAAUGGCGGCUGUGGUCUUGUGAAGUGUAUAACGUAAGGAACCUUCCAGAAACGUGGAUAGUUGGCGGAAAGAAUAAGAAAAUCGAUCAUUCGACGCGGCGUUCAACGACGCACUGUAUAUUUUUUGUUUGUAUUUUAAUGUGUUGGAGUAGGGCGGUGAAAGAAAAUGAAUAGCACCACGAACGUAAUCCAAGUGACGAACGUGUCUCCCAGCACAACCUCCGAGCAGAUGAGGACACUCUUCGGAUUCCUGGGAAAAAUUGACGAGCUAAAAUUGUUUCCACCAGAUGAGUCUCCCUUGCCAGUGACUUCACGUGUCUGUUUUGUAAAGUUCCAUGACUCUGACUCGGUGGGAGUGUCUCAGCAUUUGACAAAUACAGUCUUCGUGGACCGGGCCUUGAUUGUCGUCCCUUAUGCUGAAGGAGUAAUUCCUGAUGAGAGUAAAGCUUUGUCUUUGUUGGCGCCAGCGAAUGCUGUUGCAGGGCUGCUGCCAGGGGGAGGUCUUCUCCCAACUCCAAAUCCCCUUGCAUCGAUUGGAGCUGUUCCUUUGGCUGCCCUUGGAGCACCCACUAUUGACCCUACUCUGGCUGCACUGGGUUUGCCAGGAUCCAACAUGAACUCUCAGUCUCUGGCUGCAGAUCAAAUUCUGAAGCUCAUGACCACUGUGGACCCAAAGUUGAAUCAUGUGGCUGCAGGACUGAAUCUGAAUCCUGCUCUAAAGGCUGAUGCCUCCAGUAAAGAGAUAGAAGAAGCAAUGAAGCGGGUCAGAGAAGCGCAGUCAUUGAUCUCUGCUGCUAUUGAGCCUGGGAGUAAAAAGGAAGAGAAAAGGAAGCAUUCAAGGUCUAGGUCCAGAUCACGACGACGAAGAUCCAGAUCCCGCUCCAGGCAUAGACGUUCAAAGAGCAGAUCAAGACGGAGGACACGGUCAAAAUCAAGAAGCAGGAGAAGAUCUAAAAGUCCUCGGAGAAGGAGGUCACAUUCUAGAGAUAGGAGUCGACGUUCCAGGAGCAAAUCCAGGGAAAGGAAAAAGGAAGAGAAAGAGAAAAAACGUUCUAAAACUCCUCCGAAGAGCUACAGCACCACCAGAAGGUCUAGAAGCAUCAGCAGGAGGCGCAGACGAAGUCGCAGUGCUACCCGCUCCCCAAAAAAGUCUAGGUCACCCAAGAGAAAACUUUCUAGGUCUCCGUCUCCCAGGAGGCAUAAGAAGGAAAAAAAGAAGGAUAAGGACAGAGAACGGGAGAGAGACCGUGACAGAGAAAGGGAGAAAGACAAAGAUAAAAGCAGAGAUGAAAGAGAACGGUCAACCAGUAAGAAGAAGAAAAGCAAAGACAAGGAAAAAGAAAAGGAGAAGAAAUCUGACACUGAGAAAGGUGAUGUUAAGCGCUCUAAACGGGAACUGUUGCAGGCAGAGAUGACUAAUAAGGGAGAAGUGAAAGAGGUAACCAGAGAUUAUGAUGAGGAGGAACAAGGCUAUGACAGUGAAAAAGACAAGAAAGAAGACAAGAAAGAUGCAGUUUCCUCUUCCCCAAAGGCCAAGGAGCCUUCAGCUGAGAAACCUGCAGGGGAAACUGGAAAGGAGUCCAAAGUUAAUGGCGAUGAUCACCAUGAAGAAGAUAUGGACAUGAGUGACUAAGGGUUCUGAAAAAUAAUCAGCUGGUGGACUGUAGUCAUACCAUGCAGACAUGGAUCAGUACCAUUCCUUACACUUUUUUGUUUUUCCUUUUGAAAAGUAGCAAGAAAUAAACUUGUUACCUGUAGAAAGCCAGUUGGUGAAUAGUAGUCUUAAAUCUAAAAUGUACAGUUUUUAUUUUUAAAACAUCUUUCAGGACCUUCCAGAGUAAAUAUGGUUGAGUUAUUUUCAGUAGAUGGAAUGAAGUGUGCAUGUUGUGAGGAUUAUGUAAAGGAUUUUUUUGCUGUUUUUUCCUAAAUUGUAUUUCUAAAAAAUAAACUACAAAACCAGACAAAAUAACUUUAAUAGAGCCAUGGUUAAAAAUGUAAGUGAUGAAAUUUUAAUGAUUUUUCCUCUGAAAUUUUGAGAGGUGAAAAAAGCAACAUCAGUCAAGGGGUUACUGCACAUUUUCUGCUUUGUGCUUACAGGGCUUGUAUACAAUAUUAAUUAUAGUGAGAUCAGUUUUUCCUUCUCAGGAGCUGAUUUAAACUUGAUUCUUGUUUUUGGAAUGUAAAGAACUUUAAUAUUUUAAAACCAACUUCAGGCAGGUGGGUAUGCAAGCAUUUAAUGUUACGUAGUCAUGAGUUUUUUUAAUCUAUUACAUUGAGCCUUAUUACAGUAGUUUAGCUUGGCUGUCCAUUUUCAUGUUGUUCUUGGCUCCUUAUAACUGAAAGCAUUACUUCUUUUCAUUUUCUUCUCUGCAUAGUUUGCUUUUUUUACUGUGCUUCACUGUUAGUUGAUGCACAGGUCUAAUGUUUUUUGUGGUCCUGUGGAGAUUUUCUCCCCAGGCAUGAAAUGCAAACAUUUAAACAUGUCAUUUAGAUUCUGCUUUGUGUCACUGUACAGUUUUCAAUGUGUUUUACCAGUGGAUCUUUGAUAAUAAAACCCAUUCAAAAGUA